AUGAAGGUCCAGACUCUCUCGCUUGCCGCUUUGGCUACUCUGGUCUCCGGCUUCUCCCUCGAGGAUUCGCCUCUCAACGUUCAACUUGAGUUCACUGGCAACACCGCAGUCAAGGCUCUGAUCAAGAACACUGGAUCUGAGGACCUCAAGCUCUUCAAGACCGGCACCUUUCUAGAUGACUCUCACGUCGAGAAGGUUGAGGUCUUCAAGGCCGAGGAGAAGGUUCCUUUCGAUGGUAUUCGUCUCCGCGUCAGCACCACCGACCUCGACGAGUCUGCCUUCCAGAUCCUUGCUGCUGGUGAGAGCUUCGAGACUGCUUUCGAUAUUGCCGUUGCCCACGACUUGAGCGUUGGUGGUGCCUUCAAGGUCCUGACCGAAGGUGCCUUUGCCUAUGCCACCCUCAACUCCACCGAGAUUGCCGGCGCUGUUCCCUUCAUCAGCAACAGUGUCGACGCCGCAGUCGAUGGCAAGCAAGCCGGAAAGGUCCGCCGCGACUACCAGGAACUCGCCAAGCGCACAGUCGUCCAGUCUGACUGCACCGGCACCAGGCGCACCGCCACCACCACCGCGCUUGCCAACUGUGCAUCGCUGGCUCGCACCGCGGCGACCAACGCGCAGUCUAACAACGCCAAGAUGACAGAGUACUACAAGUCCUCCACCACCGCGACCAAGAACACCGUCGCCACCGUCUUCAACAACGUCGCCUCCCAGUGCGGAUCUACCACCAGCGGCAACAGCAGAUACUACUGCACCGACAUCCUGGGCGCCUGCUCCAGCGGCGUCCUGGCGUACACGUACCCUUCCACAGGCCAGAUGGUCAACUGCCCGCUGUUCUUCUCCGGAUUGACGGCGCUGAGCCGCACUUGCCACGCUCAAGACCAGGCUACGACCGUGCUGCACGAGAUGACCCACUUGACCCAGGUCAAGGGCACCAGUGACUACGGAGGAUAUGGAUACAACUUUGUUCGCAGUCUUUCUGCGGCGCAGAACUUGAACCAUGCUGAUACCUAUACUUUGUUCGCGCAGGGUAAGUCUACUUCGAUUAUAGUUUACAAGAUGCACACACUAACGUAA